AUGACGACCGAGGAAAUGGAGGUGGAUUCUGCUCAUGAAUCUCAAGCUCAGGUGUCGAAUCAAACCACUGUCGACAAAAUCAUCGACCUUCUGACCGACGUCUCUAAAACUACGACAAGCUUGGACUCACGCUUUGUUUGGAAAGCUAUCCGUGGAUUGAGUACACUAAGAACUCUACUAGACAAGGAGUCCCUUUCUAUAGUGGUGAACUUGCUCUAUCCUGACGAUUCCGGGUUUAAGGUACCGCUAUUGAAGUAUAUCAACAAUAAUCAAAAAAGCAGGGUAGAAAACGCCAGCGACGAGCGCCAAAAAUAUCCUGCAGCGUUCUAUCAACUUAAGAAUGGUAGCAAUACUGUGGAUGUUUCUGCAGAUGUAAACAGCUUUGUGCAUCUGAUGGUGCAACUAUUUCUUCUUGACUCACAACAAGUGGAGUCUCUAGAUUCUUUUAAUGCACAAGUGGUUUUGCCAAAAGUUUUGAAUUUCUACAAUGAACGGACACUUGACCUUGUCAAUGCCAAGCUCUGGUUUUAUUUGUACAGGGCACGCGAGCUUAUGGGACAAAACUUCGACAUAUCAAUUAGAGCAGAAAUGGUCAAGUUCUUGAAAACUGCUACUCUUAAGCAUGACAAUGAAACAAGGGCAAUGCUAAUCACUUUCAUUUUGAGAAGCUUUUUACAAACUGGUGAAGUUGACACGGCCGCCGACUUCAUCAGCAAAAUCGAGUUUCCAGGAUCCAACGAUGUGUCCAGCCCCUUGGAAGCCCGUUAUUAUUACUAUUUGUCAAAGGUAAACGCUAUCCAACUAGAUUACUCAAGCGCCAACGACUUUGUGGUGGCUGCAAUUCGCAAAGCGCCAAAUACCAAAAAAAGCAUUGGAUUUUUACAACAGGCCAAUAAAUUGCACUGCGUUAUAGAACUGUUGAUGGGAGACAUUCCAGAACUGUCGUUCUUCAAGCAAAAAAACAUGGAAAGGUCUUUGCUGCCCUAUUACCACUUGUCCAAAGCCGUCAAACUUGGUGACCUAAACAAAUUCACAUCAGCUAUUUCUACCUACAAAAAAGAGCUUCUUAAUGAUGGAAACUACCAGCUUUGUGUCCGACUAAGAUCUAGUGUAAUAAAGACCGGCAUCAGAAUAAUCUCGCUGACUUACAAGAAGAUUUCGCUAAAAGACAUUUGCCUGAAGCUGCGUUUGGAAUCUGAACAGACAGUAGAGUACAUGGUUUCUAGAGCUAUUAGAGAUGGUGUCAUAGAGGCGAAGAUCAAUCAUGAAGAAGGCUAUAUCGAGAGCAGCGAGCUGUUGAAUGUUUAUGCAACCCAGCAACCACAGCAACUAUUUGACGAAAGAAUCAAGUUUGUCAGUCAGUUACAUGAUGAGUGCGUAAUGGCCAUGAGGUACCCAGAUAAUGGGAAUAAGGAUAAAGGCAAAGACUCUGGGCAAUUCGAGCAGGCAGAAGAAGUUAUCGAUCUCGCGGAUCUGGACGAGGAUGACUUAGGUGACCUGGGUGAUUUCUAUUAA